GGGAGGUAUUUAGGUUAUAUUUUGAGGGACGUGGCCUUGGAGGCGGUUAACGAAGAGGAUCAUAAAAGGAAAAUCGGGAAUUGGUUAUCAUAUUUGGGAAUAGCUAAGUAGCCGUAACAACAACAAGCACAACCCAAAAGUAGACGAGGCCCUCAAUGGCGGAACCUGGAAAUACUGACCUCUCACUUUCAACCUCUAAAACCCUAAACCCUUCUGAUCCAAUCAACGGUCCUCAUUCAUCUCUAUCGCCUGCUAAAAGCGCUCAAAUCCAUCAGGAAUCUUCGUCUCCCCCUGCCCAGCCUUCCGACGAUGUCGUCUCGGGCGAGAAACGGAGGCGCGAGGACUCAGACUUUGGGGUCUCAGAUCCUUCCCUUAACCCCUUGUGGAAAACCAGCCUCUGUUCUUAUUUCCGGCGACAUGAUGGCUCCUGCAGCCACGGUAGUGAGUGCCGCUAUGCCCACGGCGAAGGGGAGCUUCGGCCUCGGCCCGAUAACACCUGGGACCCAACGUCAGAGCGGGCGAAGAAGGCGAUGAAAUCCGAUACGGGCGAGAAAUGUACAGUUUCAUUGGGCGUAAUGAUGACUGAAGCUGUGGACGAUGAUGCUGAUGGCGAUGAUAAUGAUGAUUCCAAUCACGCUCUUAGCAAAUGCUUGGUGCAUUUGCCGAGGAAGUGGGCUUCGGACAACUUGAGGGAAUUUCUCAAUCAAGAGGGUAUACCUUUUAAAUCUGCAAAGAAAAAGAUAGGCAUGCUGGUAGGAUUUGUCACUUUUGAAGAUCAAGAACAGUUGGAGAGCUCAACAAAGGAGCUGGAAGGCAAAUUAAUUGGCAGCAAAAGUUUAAAAGUUGCAGAUGUUAUUCCUCGAUCAUUUGAUAAGAAAGUUGGUGAUUCCAUGUCAAAGACAAGAAGCCUCCGCGAUGUGGUGACUCCUCUUGCUCAUAUGGCCUAUGCUGAUCAGUUAGAGCACAAAAAGGGCAAUCUUACGCAGAUUCUCAAGAGACUUACUAGAAAUGCUCGCAAAGCUUGUCCAAGCGGUGUUUCUCUUCCUGAGUGGAUUCUCAAGUCUAGUGACAUAGGUGGUCUUCCUUGCAAACUAGAAGGUAUUAUUGGAUCACCAAGGGUCAAUGGAUAUCGCAACAAGUGUGAAUUUUCUGUUGGACAUUCUGUAGAAGGAAAAAUAACAGUAGGAUUCAUGCUUGGAAAUUUCAGGGAGGGUGUAACAGCAGUUGAGGAAGCUGUGAACUGUCCCAAUGUUUCAACAAUUGCACUCCGGUAUGCUUCUAUCUUUCAGGAAUUUCUGCAGCAUUCACAGUUACCGGUUUGGAAUAGAUUCAAGAAUAGAGGGUUUUGGCGUCAAUUGACGGUUCGAGAAGGAAGGACAAAUGGAAAGGUUGCUGAAGCUGAAGAUUUUGAUGGUAUUGCAGAGGUCAUGCUUAUUGUGCAGGUUUCUACGAUGGGCUUUGAUAAUGAGCUAGUAACUGGUGAACUUGAGAAACUCGCUCAAGCAUUUGUUGCAGGAGCUAAUGCAUGUUCUCCACCAUUGCCUCUCACAGCUCUGGUUGUACAGGAUCACCAGGGAAUAUCCAAUGUAGCACCAGCUGAUGCCCCCCUGCGGUCGCUUCUCACUCCUAAGGCAGUUGGUGAUCAAAUAAAUGAAAAAAAUGGUACCAUGGAUGUCCGGAUCCAUGAUUAUAUUAGUAACCUCCAGUUUUCUAUAUCUCCGACUGCAUUUUUCCAGGUCAACACUCUAGCUGCUGAGAAGCUGUACUCACUUGCUGGAGAUUGGGCAUGCUUAGGUCCUGAUACAUUGCUAUUCGAUAUUUGCUGUGGGACAGGAACAAUUGGGCUGACCUUAGCACAUCGUGUUGGUAUGGUGAUUGGCGUUGAAAUGAAUGCUUCUGCAGUAUCUGAUGCUCAAAGGAAUGCUGAGAUUAACGGUAUAAAGAAUUGUAGAUUUAUAUGUGCAAAGGCGGAGGAUGUGAUGGGAUCUUUGUUAAAGGAGUACCUAAAUAAACCGAAGGAGCAAGUUAAUGUUCCCAGUAUCUGUGGAACUGACGUUGACGAAAUUUCUGAGGGGAGCACACGCCACGAAACUGAAAAUGGUGAACGAGAAUCUCGGUGUUCUGAAAAUGGCAGGCAAGAAGAUGAAAUUGAGGUUCAGAAAGGGAGCGAUUCUGAAAACGGGAAUUCUUUGAUGCAACGAUUUAAAAAUGUUGUUGCUAUUGUUGACCCUCCACGUGCUGGACUCCAUCCAACUGUAAUCAAAGCUCUGAGGACUAAUCAAGGACUGCGGCGACUUGUCUACAUAUCUUGUAAUCCCGAAAGUUUGCUGGCAAAUGCUAUUGAGCUUUGCACGCCAUCUCCCGUGAAAAUGGAAAAAGGAAAUAUAGACAACAGAGGAUGGAGAAACAUGAGCAGUGCUGGCCUUGCAAGGCGUAGGGCCAAGUCCAUGCCUAUCUCGGAGGCCUUCCAGCCCAUAAAAGCCAUGGCUGUUGAUCUAUUCCCACAUACUGACCACUGUGAACUGGUGAUGCUCCUCGAGAGGUAGGAAGCAAGAAGGUGCUGAUUGGUGAUUGGUCCGUCGGCCAGGUUGAGAUUUUCUGGCUUCUUAUCUUGUGGGAUCUCAAACUUUUGUGGCGGACCCCCUUGUUCCUUUUUAGCUGCUUUCUACUCGUCACUGAUGGAUAUUGCUGCUAAUGAUCUUUUGAUCUUGCACGUUGAGUUAUUCUGUAAAAUGACCUUGAAAAGAUUCAGCCGCCAUAUAAUAUUUGCAGCGCACUGCAUCAAGUUUUAUCAGUAUCGAGAUUGCUGCCUUUUUUCAAUGGUUAAUUUUAUUAAUGACUACUGUAUGGGAAAUAUUUAUAGUUUGAUUGAUGAUACGUUUUCUUUGGCUUUGGAGCAGUAGUGAUUGAUGGGUA